UUUUCGGGACCGAGAAACUGGAUGUGGAGACCCGGCAAGCCAUGGCUCAGAAUCAGGUGAUCCUGCAGUUCCGCUUCUCGACCUUUGGAGAGACCAUGCUUCAGAAGAUGAACGUACUCCGCAGGCAGAGCCGUUUCUGCGACGUGACGGUCCGCAUCAACGAGCUGGAGGUGCCGGGGCACAAGGUGGUGUUUGCGGCCGGGUCGCCGUUCCUCCGGGACCAGUUCAUCCUGCAGGACUCUCGGGAGGUGCAGAUCUCCACGCUGCAGAAUGCAGAAGUGGGCCGGCGGCUGCUGAUCUCCUGCUACACGGGGACCCUUGAAUUCCCUGAGCUGGAGCUUGUCAACUACCUCACUGUGGCCAGCUUCCUGCAAAUGGGCCACAUUGUGGAGCAGUGCACGCAAGCCCUGAGCAAGUUCAUUAAGCCCCGGGAGGUGCAGGAGGACCGUAAGGUCAGAACACCAACACAUGAAAGCAGGCAGGACCUGUCUGUAGUGGACACGGAGCAAGAAGAUGAGGACGAAGAAGAGGACGAUGACGAGGAAGUGAUCGUACAGCCGAGUACUCCGCCUGUAAGGCAGAACCGGGAUCGGAGCGAGGGCGAAGAGAGCCCAAUCACAAUUGUGAAGGUGGAGUCUGUGUGCGAUCGCGUAACGGACAUGUCCAACAGUCUGCAAGGGCGCUUCUCAGCCUCUGCCUCCGUCCCCCCUUUGCAUACACCUGAACCUCAGCACUCGCUUAUCAACUCCACAGUGGAAACCCGCUCAGGUGAGAUCACAGCACCACCCUUGCAGAGCUAUGCACUAAACCCUGUCACUCCCCCAGCAGGAAAGAGUAAUACUUGGACGCACAUGAGAAGCGCAGACAAGAGUCUGCAGUGGUACCACCAGUGCCCGAAGUGUGCCCGUGUCUUCCGGCAGCUGGAGAACUACGCCAACCACCUGAAGAUGCACAAGCUGUUCAUGUGUCUGCUGUGCGGGAAGACAUUCACGCAGAAGGGCAACCUGCACCGGCACAUGCGUGUCCACGCGGGCAUCAAGCCCUUCCAGUGCAAAAUUUGUGGCAAGACCUUCACCCAGAAAUGCUCCCUGCUUGACCACCUCAACUUACACAGUGGGGACAAACCACACCGGUGUAACUACUGCGACAUGGUGUUUGCACACAAACCCGUCCUCCGGAAGCACCUCAAACAGAUUCAUGGAAAGAACAGCUUUGACAAUGCCAACGAGCGCUGCCUCCAGGAGGGUGCGAAUGACUUUGAGUAUGGCCGACUACAGGACUGUGGUCCUGACAGCAAGCCCCUUCUGAUGGAGGACUCCAUGUAGCCGUGCACUGGAACACU